AACGCGUUGCUUUCAAUGGGACGUGGGCGAUGUCUGUUCCUGUGUUUGUGUAAAUCUUAGAUUUACAUUUAAAUCGUGACAAGACAACACAAAUAUUCAGAGUUUUGCUUCCGUAUCGCCGCACGAUGGAGGACGACGCUCCCGUCAUCUACGGCAUCGAGUUUCAGGCUCGAACAUUGACUGCACAAACAGCCGAAACAGAUGCUAUCCGCUUUCUUGUGGGAACACAGUCGAUGAAAUAUGACAAUCAGGUGCACGUGAUUGACUUUGACGAUGAGAACAAUGUGAUCAAUAAAACCGUGUUCUACCAUCGCUCUGGCGAGGUGUGGCACAUCAGCGCCAGCCCUGGGGACAAGAAUGUGGUGGCGACAUGCUACAACACCAUGGUGGACAAUAAGCUGCAGUCGUGUGCGUCCGUGUGGCGUAUCCCGCGGGAUUUUGAUUCGGGCAGCAGUGAGCCUGCUGACGAGAGUGGAACCAACCCACUCGCCCUGGAGCUGCUUUGUCACUUUGACAACAGUGGCCACGGCAACAUGGCCAGUGUCUUAUGGGAACCCCUUGGUGAUGGGAGCAAGGCAGUCACUCUUUCUGACAACCACCUGCUAUGCUGGGACCUAAAGGAAAGCUCCACGCAAGCCGUUUUGACGAGCUCCACAUCACUGGAGGGGAAGGGUCAGCUGAAGUUCACUGCUGGACGCUGGAGCCCCCAUCACAACUGCACGCAAGUAGCGACGGCGAACGACACGGUCAUCCGUGGUUGGGACAUCCGGUCCAUGAGACAGGCUUAUUGCAUCGAGAACGCGCACGGACAGUUGGUCAGAGACAUGGACUUCAACCCAAACAAGCAGUACUACCUGGCGAGCUGCGGCGACGACUGCAAGGUCAAGUUCUGGGACACCCGGAACCCGACGGAGCCUGUGCGCAGCUUAGAAGAGCAUUCACAUUGGGUGUGGAGCGUUCGCUACAACCACUCGCACGACCAGCUGGUGCUGAGCAGCAGCAGCGACAGUCGCGUGAUUCUCUCGAACAUGGUGUCCAUCUCGUCGGAGCCCUAUGGGCAGGGGGCUGAUGAUGACGAUGAUGAAGCCAGUGAUGCAGACGAGAAGGUCGACACGGAGCCAAAGAGUAAGGAGCCCCCUCAGGACAGCAUCAUCGCGACGUACGAGGAGCACGAGGACAGCGUGUACGCCGUCGAGUGGUCCGCCGCUGACCCCUGGCUCUUCGCCUCGCUCAGCUACGACGGGCGGCUCGUCAUCAACCGCGUGCCCCGCACCGUCAAGUACAAGAUCCUGCUCUGAGGCGACGGCAACCGGCGUGCGUGGGCCUUACCCACCCAAGUGCUGUUGCCACUUUACUCGGGCCAGGAGGCCACACGCUGGGCUCUGGUGCCCUUCGUGCUGUGAUAUUUUAAAUUCAGGUUUUUUUGUGUGUGUUUGUCAGGCACUUUGGUGACGCCCGGUUGUAUUGUGACACGCAGUGCCAGGUUGUAUGCAUGCAUGUUGAACUUCUUUCGCACCGUACGUGGCCAACCGUGCUAAUCGGAGGUGCGGGGGAAGGACAACAGACUAAUCACAAAAAGCAGUUAUGAAGAAAUUAGUUUUCUAUUUAGAUUUGAGAGUGCAUAGCUCCAGUAGCGUCCUAAUAUCGGAAGAUCAUUCCAGACGGCUGCAGAAGCGCAUCUGAAAGCGCGCGAUGCAGUGACCGUUAAUCACCGUGCACAUACACAGAGUAAAGGUCUGUAAUGUUGCGUGUAUUGCAUCCGUGCAUUCGCUAGCGCACUACGCUUUAAUCCCAGUCACCCGAGUUCGAUUUUCCCACAAUCACAAAAAUGUAGUGGCAUGUGCUAGAAUAACCUGUUCUGGGCCUCCUUUAGGUCAACUACAUGCUAGUCCGUGCGAGUUGGUGAAGGUGGGGAGCAUAGCCGUGGGGAGCAUAGCAGUACAGUAUAACACGUAAUGUUCCUGCACUGCCCUUUGCUGCCCACAUGUAGUUCCUCGAGCCUAUAAGACCUAUUGUGCAUGGGGAUCAAUCAUCCCUCUCCCAUUGUAUGGUACCUGUUAACAUCCUCGCCUGCUACAACUCGGACGCAAUAUGUGCAUCCUGCCCUGGCUUCUCACGCUAUAGUUUAUCAAGGACGGUUUAGAAUUUAAGCGUUUAGGAAUGGUCUAUGGUCAUAGGGUAAGCAAUGUAACCAUUUUUUUUCAAAUCUGCUGCGAGUAGUUUGCAGAAUCAAUUAUAUGUUCAAUUCUAUUAUCUUAAUUGUGUGCAGCAGUGAACAUCUUUAACUGGUUCCUUUCCACAAAGAAUCGUUUCAGUCUAACGUCAUGCAUUUAUUUAAUCUUGCCGAUUGGUCGUGCUUGCUAUUUUUAGUCUGGAAAGAGGAGUGUAAGAUUCAAGGAAUACAUCAAUAUUUUGUAAAAUAAUUUGCCGCUCUUAUGAUUUUGGAAUAGGUCAUCAAAAUUAUUUCUUAUAAAGAAUAUCAAUCUAUUCACUCGCUAUUUUUCCUUCACAUGAUGUACACAUUUAAUAACAUGUAGAUAGAUGUAUGGAACCCUAGAGAUGUAAAGUAACGCUCAUCACACACUUAUAUAACUUGUAUAUUUAAAGAUAUGCUUUAAUUAUCUAAGCAGAGAUAGCAGUAUGAUCUGUAAAUCUACUUUAUCAUUAAUUAAUCGAAUCAUGUGCUUCCUCCCCCCCCCCCCCCCCCCGCUAUGAGAUUGCUGGUCGUAAUAACAUGCUUUGAAUAUGGCGCACUAUAAUGCUUGAAGAGUCUUAAGAGAACUUUACUAUAAUAGUACUUAAACUCUAAAUUCCUAAAACCUGCACUCUGCAGAGCUGGGCAGGGAAUCUCAAAGCUGUGUAGCAACUUGUUUGUGAGACAAGCUUGAGCAACCACGUGAGUGUUCAUAAUUACUCUAAUGGGAACUUGACUUUCACUGAGCACUUACUGAGUAUCCUUAUAAUCUGUUCAGCUCACGCGCAGUCCAAACAGAGCUGGUAAGACCCAGCCCUAUCGGGCUAAGUGCCUUAACCCCUUUUACCUGUGCAAUUGUGUUAUUAUCUUAGAAGACACACAGUCAAAAUGUCCGCGGGUAAUGCUCACGGCAUCGAUUUAUCAGACUGCCCGUUGCUUAUGUCGUUUUCUUUAGUGUCCCAAGUGGGACAUCCCCACUUGUGUCGAAUUUGCGCAGGAAAAACCGCUUCAAAGCAGCCACGGUGUGUGUUUUUAUCGAAUUAAAACAAUACAUUUACAUUUUCACAUUGGGGGGGGGCGGUGGAUUGUUCUGGCAAGCAUUAGUAGCCGUUGUGUGAUGUCAGGCGUAGCGAGAGGAUGUUUCAGUUUCACUGGCCAGCCCUUCUUCUGGGCUUGCUGUUACAUGCUCGAAGCAACAGAUUGCAUUUGCCUGUACAAGCCACAUAUGGCUUUUCUUUCAUUUUCAGGAGUGGUAAAACAAUAAAGGCAGUCUCUCCAUCACUUUGCCUAAACACGAGCACAGGUAAAAACCCAGGUGUGCAUCCGAUUGUUGGCACUGAAAUGUUUAACUAACAAAACAUUCCCCUUCGCUGGGUGCCCUUUUUUUUUAGUUUUCAUGCUCAUGGCUGCUGCGACUGAGAGCCACAAUGUAUAUGCAAUCCAUAGGUCAUAGCAGGUAAUAUCCACGAUUUAAUCUACACGAUGCUAUAGUUAAAGCCUUUAAGUACAUCGAUGUGCUGCUUUCAUUAACAAGUUAAUUUCUACAAAUGCGUUCCAACCUAUUAUUUCCUUAUUUUCAUCCCAUUCCAUCUUAAAUAAUUGCCCAAGGUGUACACACUCUGAUGGCUUUUCAUAUUUCCAGUUUUAUUUAGCAAUAUUGUUGUGCAUGGCUUGUGUUUUGCACGGAUUUAUCUUGAACUUUGCAUCAGUCUUGGAUAGUUCUUCAAUCAGUUCCUGUCGUUAAUUUCCGUUGUUUUUUUAUGACUGCGUCAGCAGCAAAUCUGAGAUGGCUGUUAUUUUCUUUAUUUUAGAGCGUUUAUUUCUCCAAUCCAGUGUUCGAAAUUCCUCUUCUGUUGGCGUGAAUAUAUAUCGGGUUGUCUCUGAUAUAUAUUGUUAAUCUAAUGCGAUCUCUGUAGCUGUUUCGUCCAUGUGAAUGGUUUUCAUUCUGAAUGUUAUACUUAUUCUGUGAUAGCUUGAUGACAGCAGCAAUUUCUUCCGAGUCAAAUGCUUUUGCGUCAUCUUCAAAGGCUAAGCAUAAUGGUCAUGUCAUGAUGGCGACAAAAAGUAUCUCCAGGUGAUGGGACUAUAUUUUGAGACCGACUUAAGUGGCCUGAAAUGUGUUUACUGGAGCCAGAUUUCAUGAACCCAAAACUGAAAAAGUGGCCCCGUUGUUUCCUCAAUAGAAUUCCUCUUGGUAGUCCACGAGUGAGGAGUGUCGUGUUUCGGAAUGGGGCACGGGUGUGAACGCAAGGUACCUGUGCUCAACCCUUUGCAAUUGUGCCUCAUCACGCAUGGUUUCGUAAAAUGUUUUAAAGGUAUUAUAAAUAAUGUAUCUCCAUUUCCAUCUUUUCGAGUGGUUUCCUUUUUGUAGGAUUUGUAGAGUUAUGGUAAAUUAAACAAGUAAUUGUUUAUGUGAUGAUAUGCUUUGGUUUAUUAAAAUUACUGGGUUUAAAUGUGGUUAUUCAUUUGCGUAUUGUUCAAUGCUUGACCAGUGAUUCUCCAAAUGUUUGCAUUACAAAUGUACAUUGUCGUGUCCACUUUUAGGGGGAUUCUCAAAAUGAACUCUGAAGAUACUGUAAAUAUUACAUGGUACCAAAUGAACAAAUUAGAAAUAAAGUGUGUGUGUGCU